AUGGAACCCGAUCGAAAGCUUCCCAAGCUGGUAGCCUCAACGGGCAGUACAUACAACUGCACUGUCGCGGAGUCAAGAGUCCGCGAAGGCAAGCUUUUGAAUUCAGAAUCCCAAGACCGCGAAGCCUCUAUAGGGAUCUUUGAUGAUGAUCUGGAAGUCAAUUACUUUAAAAGCGCGCAAUGGACUCCAGAUGGGACAAGUCUCCUCACCAGCAAUGCAGAUAACACGGUCAGAACCUUCAUCGUCCCGCCAGACCUCCUCGAUAACCCCGCCUGCCCGAUAUCUCUUACCCCCUACACAGUUCACACGUACCCAACCCCAAUAAACUGCCUCACGCCCUACCCGUAUUUCGCCCUCUCAGACCCAGCAACGACCCUCUACCUCUCUACACAAACCGACCUCCCUAUCCGUCUUGCCAAUGCCCUCUCUCCGUCCCCAUCACCAACUGCUACGUACCCACUCGUGUCCCCGACAACAGAAGCGUACUAUGCGCCCUCAUCCCUUCUCUGGAGCGCGGGAGGUACUUCUUUCCUAGCAGGCACAGACUGCCUAAUCGCUCUAUUCGAUGUAUCCCGCAGUGGUGAAGGGCCCAUGACACGGCUACCCACCAUUCCGUCCAAGCGACAUAAGAUGAAAGGCGGUGGGGUAGGGAUGCGCGGUAUUGUCUCUGCUCUUUCGCUGCAGCCUUCAGCCGCGGGCGAAGAUAGUAUACUAGCAGCGGGGACUUGGACAAGAUGGGUAGGCUUGUAUGACGCAGCCGGCAUGGGCGGCACGGUCGCAACGUGGAGUGUGGCUGAGGCGGCGGAUACGCAUGCGGGCAUUGGAGGCCUGGGAGUUACUCAGACGCUGUGGAGUGCUUGUGGGAGGUACUUGUAUGUGGUUGAGAGAAAGAGUAGGGGGGUUCUGGUUUAUGAUGUUAGGGGGGCUAAGAAGAUGCUUGCGUGGUUGGAGGGGAGGAUGGCGGAAACAAACCAGAGGUUGGGGGUUGAUUGUUUUGAGAGUGAAGGAGGAACUGAAGUUUGGGCUGCGGGUACGGAUGGGAUUGUGAGGGUUUGGGAGGGGGUGGGGAAGACGGAGGGUGCGGUGGGGAGAGACUGGGAAUGGAAGGCUCAUGAUGAUCCGGUGACUUCAACUGCUGUUCAUAGUUCCGGCACAGUUGUGGCGACUUGUUCCGGACAGAAGACUCUACCAUCCGUAGAUGGUAGUGAUAGUGGCAGUGACGAUGAGAGCAGCGGUUCAGACUCAGAUGAUGAUUCUGAAGAGAGCGAAAACUCAAGUUGCUCGGCGCACCCGACUUUUAAAACGCCAGAUAAUAGCAUAAAAGUAUGGAGUUUAUAA